GAGAUUAAUGACAUUAAAAGUAACAAGUUGAAUGAAUUCUCAGAUAUUAAAAAAAAAAUUCUCUCUUCGACACGAUUCUCUCUCUAACACUGUAAAAACAUAACCUGCCAUUUAGCGAAAAAGAGAUUAAUCACAAAGUAACAAGUUAAAUGAAUUAUUCUCAGAUAUUAAAAAAAAAGAUGUUUACUGUAGAAUAAAAAUUUUCUCUUCAACACGAUUCUAACUGCGAAAUCAUAACCUUCCAUUUAGCGAAAAGGAGAUUAAUUACGUAAAAAGUAACAAGUUGAAUAAAUUCUCAGAUAUUUAAAAAAAAAAGAUGUUUACCGUAGAAUAAAAAUUCUCUCUUCGACACGAUUCUAACUGCGAAAUCAUAACUUUCCAUUUAGCAAAAAGGAGAUUAAUGACGUUAAAAGCAACAAGUUGAAUAAAUUCUUCUCAGAUAUUAAAAAAAAAUGUUUACCAUAGAAUAAAAAUUCUCCGACACUAAUUCUGACUGCGAAAUCAAUUUGGAGAUCUUUAAUCACGACAGCCCUUCGGAGUAGCUGUAGCCUGUAAGCGCAGCAAUUCACAACAAUCUCUUUACCUAAGUCCUAACCUCAAUCUCGCUAAUAACUUAAAGGAGAUUAAUGACGUUAAAAGCAACAAGUUGAAUGAAUUCUUCUCAGAUAUUAAAAAAAAAAUGAUUACCGUAGAAUUAAAAUUCUCCGACACUAUUCUGACUGAAAAUCAAUUGAGAGGUCUUUAAUCACGACUGCCCUUCGGAGCGACAGUAGGCGCAAAACUUUACAACAAUCUCUCUAUUUAACCUCAAUCUCACUAGUAACCUAACCUAAGAAUCACCGACGGCGUGCGCGCGGUGAGAGACUGCGAGCGCGACGUUACGAGGAACGGGACUCUUUAUGCUGCCGUCAUGCUGAACACGAUACGUUGUCUCGAGAGAGCGCUGACGCGUUUGCGAUCUCUCGGCGUUCCCAGAGUGAACUCCUCGGCCGCGAGGUGUUUCAGCAGCUCGAAAGAUUCAGAGGGGCCAGGCAACGAUUCGCCCGUGGAGGCCGGCGGCACCGAGAAGGAGGCCGCGACGCAAACGAACGAGAACGCGGCGGCGACGGCGUCGGAAUCCCAGACGAGAUUGAGCGGCUUCGCGCGUAGCUACGAGAAGUUCUCGCACGUCGACGACAAGAGGCCGGAAACGCCGCAGACGUUCGCCUCCCUGAUUCGCAACUCCAAGUUCGUCGACCACGUACUGAAGAUGGCUCGAAACAAGAGCCGAAACGUCUCUAAUAUGUUAACAGGCCUGUUCUUUAUAGCCGAAUACUGGCUGCACAAAUACUAUGUGAGAGGAUCUAAAGUUCGAUUGAGGGUAAAAGAUUUGGAACUUUCCUCCAAAUUCUUAGGUGCUGUCACGGAUGUAACUCUUCUGGAGGCUGAUUGCACUUUAAUUGGCUUAAUAUCGUCGCCGUUGCAAAUAGCAGAAAAAACGAGGACAAGCAAAAGGCCGAGAAUACGGGAAAUUCAGUAA